AUGUUUCUCUUCAUUACACUUAUCACUUUCCUGUCUUUUGUUCUUGUCCAUGCGAGUAGCCCACGCUUAAACCCUCGCUAUCAAGUGCUGCACCCCCCAGAACCAAAGCGCUUGUCUGCAGCGACAUUGUCGUCAAAGCUCAAGGCUCGAGCCGAGACUACAGCUCCUUUAUUUCAGCGAAAGAGAAGUUUCGACUAUGCCGCUAAUGAUGUUGAGGAAGAAUCGGUCUUCUCAACAACCCUAGACGUGGAAUCACGAUGGCCUAUACUUGCACUGGAGGAGUUGGACUCCGAAUUCAAUAGAAUCGUCUGCACAGAGUCCAAUAUACACUUCAGUUUUGUGUCCGCGGCUGCUGCGGAGAGGUUCAAUACCGAAAUCAAGAGCAUUCCUGAGUUUGUCGUCGUCACUUCCCAUGACGGUUGCGACCUUGAAGGGGACCGGUCUGCGCAUCGAGUUACAAAUUUCAACGUAGAUCCAGAGCACCACAUGGGUACCCUCGACAUAGUGCCAAUGAACUGGCAUGAGGCAUUCCCUACGACAAGGGUGUCCUUCGCCCGCAGACAUCCAUCAGAGAUCCAGAAACAUGUAGCCACGCCAGUCAAAAGAGAGGAGGCACCAUCUCCUACGCAAUCAUUCCCUGCAGCUCCUUCAGAUGUUGAUGGACUCAAUUCAUCAGCAGAUGCCGACUUUAAUGUGCGUCACACCGGUCUGGAGAUCUACCCGAUAGAUGCGCCACUCGCUGACGAAGUCGUGCCUGAUCUCCCAGUCGUUGUACGAUGUAAAACGUGCGCCAUUCGGGGCGACAUCCAACUCUCCCAGGGACAGUUCAGCGUUGGACACAAUACGACGGCCGAAGACGAUGAGGAUUUUGAGGUGGACGAGGCGAUCGGGUUCUUCACGAACAGCAGCGUUGAACUGUUGGUCAAGCGAAUGUUUUCGCAGAUUGAGCUGGAGUUUGAGCUCGAGUCUGAGGGACCUCUGAUCGAGUUCACUGUCCCGCUUCCUACUAUUCCGCUUGUGCCUUUCCAGAUAGCAGGAGUACUCACCUUUGGUCCUCAGAUUGUGCCCAAUAUCAUCAUCACGGCAGACCUCGAAGGAGAUGUUGGGUUCUCCUAUGGCUUCAACGCAACAGUCCCUGACGACUCGAGAAUCCAUAUCAAAAUCCCUGAAUUCAACGAAUCUUCAAUAACUGGCUUCUCGGACACAGAAUUCGAUCAAAUUCCCUUCUCGGCCUCAACAACCAUAUCCUCCAUGUCACUAGGCAUAUCGUUCCAGCCCCAAAUCCUGCUUGGCAUAAACACAGGCUUGGACGCCCUAAACGUCAAUAUCGACGGCGGAAUCGGCGCUUUUGUCAGCAUGCCGAGUCUAUCGCUGAAUGUUUCCCAUGCUACCGGUGUUAAUGAAAAUUGCGAUCCCGUGGUGUCUGAUUCUGAUUCUGAUUCUGGUAAUGCAACACACCUCGUCCCUUCUGUGGAACUGGAUGUAGGUGUGAUUGCGAGUUACGAUGUGCGGUUCAUGAGCUUUAACGAUUCGCGUGGGGUGGCGCCGGUUUUGGCGAGUAAGGCUUGGGAUCUUCCAACUGCUUGUGUAGGCUUUGAACCCAAGGAGCGAGCGGAAGAGACUGGGAAAGCUGAUUCGGCUGAGGGAGGACGUGGAGCUGAUGGCGAUACUGGUGGUGGGAAUGGGGCUGUUAGAGUUGCUGGAGAGGGCGCUGGGAUGAUGUUGUUGGGCUCUAUUGCGCUUAUGACUGUUGCUGUCGGGUUCUGUGGAUGGGGAUGA